AUGGCAAUUUCUCAAUGGAUACAGGCCCUACAAGGUUGGUUUUGAAGGGAUUUCCAAGAAAAUUCGGUUUAUAAGAAAUUACAAAAGGAAUUUAUUGAACUAAAAAAAUUUUUUUAGGGUUUUUAAAGAAGCAUAUGUGAGAUUCAUGACGGAAGAAGUCGUUUUUUUGUUAAAUUAUGAAUUUUCUAGUGAUUUUAACGUACAAUUUUUCCACAGACAGCAUCAAACCAAUCAAGAUUUUAGCUAUUAAAAAUAUUUAUGAGCUCGAUUUGAAACCGUAAUGUUUUUUAAAAAAGAAGGAUUUUUAGAUAUAACCUGGCCGGAGUUUCUCCAACCCCACGUUGAAGUUCUACUCCUCUGGAUCACCUGGAGUGUCGAUUACAUCGAUUUCGACUAUUUAGAGGUAUUUUUUUCAGAAAAAAAUUCAUAGAAAUGGAGAAUAUAGUAACAAGGGGACGGCAAAAAAAUCGCAAUUUUUUUGAUUGGGAGUCGCCAGAAAAAAUUCUUUAUUACUUCACUUUGCUUUUUUUCAAUGGAAGUUUAAGGAAAGCGGGUUGAAAAAUUCCUUGAUUAUUUUUGCUUAAGAAUUUUUUUCCAUAAUUUUUUUAUUUUUUAUAAAUUUUACCGUGGAUUUUUGAAUUUGUCUUAUACAAUUCUUCACUGGCAUGCUAUAAAGUACGGACGUUCAAAAAAUGCGACGACUUUUUUGUGCUCCAUUGCAAAUUAAUGAAACACGAGCGUUUUUUGAAUUUUAUUCAUUCAAAACGAAAUUCUAAUUUUGUUGAUAGCUUUCUGUUCUUUUUUUUUAUUUUUGACAGUUUUCAAACCAUUUUCCAAUCGCGGUUCUCAUCAAAUUUAUUUUUCGAAAUGCCUUAAAAAAUUUUUUUUUGCGAAUUUAUCUGGGAGAUGGUUUUUUUGGUCAAUUUUGACUAGGAAAAAAAUUCGAUUUUUUUAACCUUUUUUUCCUUUUUUUCGUUUAGAUUGAUCAUUCAAAAUAGGCAAUAUUUGAAUUUUUGGGGGUCAUAAGAAAAAAAUUGGUUCAAAAUAAUAAAUUUUACGCACGAAACUUCAAUUUUGAAGCCCCCGGAAUCACUUUGAACACGGCAAAAAAAGACGUUCUUUCUGUUGAAAAUAAAAAAAUUAUUUAAAUUUAUUCCCGUUUGUGAAUAAUUUGAAAAUCAAUGAACCCGAAGCUCAUUUCUAACAAGGCGAAGUUCAUUUCGAUGUCCUUUUCGGGGGACGAUUUCUCUGUUUGUACAAGCGACGAUGCACAGAGACCGGUUCUCACGCUUUAUUAUCCUUCCUUUGGAGUCAUAUUUAUUGAUUUAUUGAUUUUAUUCUCAUGUUCAGUCAGAAAGGCUCCACAAAAAUGGUCCUUUUAGGGUGAUGAAGGCUCCUUUUUUGCAGCCUUUUUGCGCCAUUUUCUGAGCCCUUAUGCACCAUUUUUGCUGCCUCUCCCUUUUUCCAACAUUUCUUGAGCCUUGUAAAUUCCAGAAAAAAUGGGAAGCUCGAAAAAGGGACCCUUUUUGCUGCCUUCUUGCGGCCUUUCUGCGACCUUUUUGCUGCCUUUUUGCGGCCUUUCUGCGACCUUUUUGCGACCUUUUUGCUGCCUUUUUGCGGCCUUUCUGCGACCUUUUUGCUACCUUUCUGCAGCCUUUUUUGAGUCAUUAUUCACCAUUUUGAGUUGAUCUGAGUAGUUUCCCUCUGAAUUUGUAACUCAAUCCAUUCAUGAGUACUUGGUUGAGUUAGAAUUUGAAUAUCUAGCAUUUUGGAUUCAAUUCGAUGACUUUUCGGUUUCAGAGAAGCUUCAUUUCAAUAGAAAUCCGAAUAAAAGUUUGAUUUUGUGAAUUGAAUUGUCCUGAAAGAUUAUUUAAGACUCUCUCCUUCCUUAAAAUCUGAAAAUCGCAUUUUUUGGCCUUUUAAUGGAUUUUUUUAACUUUGAAAAACGCUUUGAAGUUUGAAUUUUAUUUUUAUUUUUUUACUAUAUUUUUUUAUUAUUUCUAUCGUUAAAACAGUUUCUAGAUUUUUUUAUACAGAACAUCAAAAAAAUGACUUGGAAGAUUUUUUUCUCAUAUAGUUUUUAACUUCUCAAGUUGAUACACCUUCUUGUUGAGAUAUUCUUAUUCGAGGCUUGAGUUUGAACAUUUUUUUGUUUCUCAUGGAUCUAUUUUAAUAUCAAAUCUUCCAAUAAUUCAAUGAAAAAGAAAUGGGAAUUUUUCUGACUCUUUCCUUCCCUAUAGAGUGGUCCCUAAAGGGGUAACCUUAGGGGUACUACAAUAUUCCCCUCUAGGGGUUACCUUACUUCCCCCCCUCCCAUAGGGGUAAAGCUUGCAAAAAAAUGGUCAAUCUUUAUAAUUUUUCAAAUCUGAACAAAAAAUUGAAAGACCCCUAUAGGGAUCACUUGAGCUUUAUUGGCUUAGAGGCUCAGAUCCUAAGUUUCUAUAGGGACCACUUAAGUUUAGCCCCUCUAUGGAUAUCUUCAGAGACCCCUCUAGGGACCACUCUGGCGGUCCGAAGUCAUUAAUUUUCAAAUAAAAAAAUCCUCAUAAUUUUAAUCAGAAAAUGAUUAGACAUUUGAAACGUUGAAAUCGCCGUGAAUAUCCUCGGAUUCUCACGUUAUUUCGUCCAUUUUUCCCUUCCCCCCGUUUUCCAGGGCUCCGGGCGGCCUUCGUUCUUCUUUUUCUCCCCUUUUCUUUUCUUUUCCCCCUCUGCUCCUUUUUCGCUUCACACUUCUCUUUUGGAACGUUGGUUUUGCCGUCGCCCUGCGCCGCCCUAUCUUUCUCUCACUCAAUUUCGCCUCUUUCGGGCUUCUCCAACUCGUUUUCAAAGCCCUUUUUGGACCGUUUCCUAGAGUUUUUCGUCGAUUUUGCGUGUAUUUUCAAUUUUAAAUUGUUUCCCGAGAUCAAGACAUUUCACAAAAUGUGUAGAAUUAAGAAUUGUUUUGAUCGAAAUCGCAAAAAUUCAAGAUUUUAACUUUUAGCUAGUUUUUGUGGAUUUUUGAGCGAUUUCCUAGAGUAAUUCGUGGAUCUUGCGACUAUUUUCAAUUCAAAAAUGUUUCCAAAUAGCAAAGGUUUCACAAAAUGUGUGAAAUUAAGGGUUUUUUGAUGAAAAUUGCAAAAUUUCGAAGCUUUUUUUGCUAGUUUUUGCAGAUUUUUUGAGUGAUUGAAUAAGUUUCAAAAGACAUGUUCUUCAGUUUUUCACAUUAUAUGAGUAUAUAUGUUUUUUUAAUGUUCAUUUUGAACCUUUUCAGUUUCAAAACCUGGUUUUCAAUGCCAUUUUUGAACUUUCCUAGAGUUUUUCGUCGAUUUCUCAUUUCAAAAAUGUUUCUUAAAUCCAGGAAAUUUUACACGAAAAGUGGAAAGACUAGACUUUGAAAUUUCGAUGAUUUUUGGAGUUUUUUUGGAUUUUUCGAGUGAUUUAUAAAUUUUAAAAGACGUGCUCUUCAUUUUUUCGCAUUAUAGGUGUAUAUAUGUUUUUAGAUUCUUUUUAGAUUUUUAUUUUGGAUUUUUGAGUGGUUAGGCCUUUUUCUGCUCUAUUUCUUAGACUUCUAGAAUUGUAUUUUUGCAAAAUGCUUUUCCAAAACUUUGAAAGGCCGCACAACGUGUAGAAAAAUGAAAUUUUAAUUUUCGAACCUUUUUUUUUUGGACUUUUCUCUAGUUUUCGUGGGUUUUUGAGUGAUAAGGUAUAUUCAAAAAGCUGCUCACUGCAGUUAUUUUCUGAUUUUGGUUUUAAUAAAUCUUCAUUGUUUAUUUUUGACUUUUUCGAUUAUCGUUUUCAAAAGUUUUAUUACCCUUUUCGAUCAAAUUUCAAGCCAAAAUAAUUUUUUUUGCCUUCUUUUUUUUGUGCAUUUUAUAGUCGUUUGAUAUGCUUAAAAAAACUGAUUUCUUUUCGAAAUAUGUAUUGAGAAGUGUCUUAUAUAUAUUUUUGAACCUUUUUUUCAGUUUUCAAAUGUCGUUUUUUUGAAGCCCUUUUUGGACCUUUUUGCUAGAAUACUUUUUAUAAUUUUUCAGGUUUUUUAAAAAAAAUGCUGCUGUUUCAGUUGAUUUAUUAUGGAUUUCCGGUCUUUGAAAAAAAUAAUGCUUCUCGAGAAAAAAAUGAGGAUAACUAAGAAUUCCUUUAUAAUUCAAGAAAUAUGCUUUUUUGAAACUUUGUUGAGAAUUCAUUUCUGAACUCGAAAAGAGAUUUUUUUGGUUUCCUUUCAAGCGUUUUUUGAUUUUUUGUUUUUUUGUUGUUUGAAAGAAUUUCCAUAUGGCUUCUGAUAGAAUUGUUUUUCAAUAGUUGAAAAAAACACAGGCUUUUUCCAAAAAAAUUAUUUUUUUCAUCAAAAUUUUUCUCAACGGAACCUUGUUGUAUAUGCGUUCAAAUACCUGUUAAAGAAAAAAAGAAUAAAAAAAUUUUUCUAUAAUUCAACAGUUUCUUUGAACUUCAAAAUGAACGAAAAAUAACAAAGCUUUCAAAAAAAUUGAAAAAAAUCCUCUUAGAAAAGAAGAUUUCCCAGAUUAUUUUUCCCUUCAAAGGGUAUCAAAUUUCAAAAAUCCGUUGCUUUUUCAUCACGACCUUUUUCUUCUUUUUCAAUAAAUUUUUCAGCUAAAUCUUGUCAAUUUGUCUUAAAAUUCCUGUAGAAAUAAAACGACGAUUUUGAUAAUUUACCGAUAGAGCAACCUUUUCCCGGCGGCCUUUUUUUGCAAAAAAAGAUUAUUCGGUUGUGAUGCUUGAGAGGAUUGAAGACGACUUUUUUUAUUCGUUUUGUGAGGUCUUCUUUCUAUUUUUUUAGGAAUUUCGAUAUUUUUUUGUUCGGUGGAGCGGAUUUGAGACGUAAAGGGCGUAGAAAAAUUUUAAAAAAUUAUUUUUCAUUUUAGUUUUGAAGAGAUACUUUUUGCUGCUACUUUGAGCCUUUCUGGGCUUCUUUUGGUUCAGUUUUUGCUCUUUUUUUGAAUUUUGAAAAAUGAUUGGGACUCAAUUUCAGUAUGAAAAUUACUGUAAAAGAUUUAAAAAGCUCUUAAUUUUGGCACUGAAUUCUUUUCUGUUAUGAAUUUCUGAAUUUUUUUCUUUUUUUUUUUUCAUUUUUAUUUCAUUUUCUUGUCAGUUUUUUAGUGACAUUAAAAAAAUUGUUCAUCUGUGAAGCUUUAGGAAACAAUUUACACAAAAAAAUUACCAAAAUUUAUAAAUUUUGAAGCUUUUUUUCUGACAUCCUAUUCGAGCCCCAAACGUUUUCCCUUUCCUCCCAAAACCUCUAAUUGAAUCUUUGCGUGAUUUCGGAGUUAAUUUUGUCGACACCUAGGUAAUUUGGAACUCAUAACGAUGUUAUCAACCUUAUCAGUCACGCGAAGUUUUUCUGCUGUCUAGUCUUUUCUUGCCUCAUUUCGUCAUCUGGUUCCUUGGAAAAAGGAGAAAAUUUGAAUUUUCAAGUCAUUUUGGAGCUGUGAAAUCAUCAAAUUCGCUUUGAAACUUGUUUCUUGAGCAUCCAUUGCAUCUUAGAAGUUAUAAUUUCUUUGCUCCUAGUCUUUCUUUAAAAUAUUAUGAAGAAGAAGCUCAGUUCAAAGCUUUUUGAAUAUUAUUAAGAAUGAUUUUUCUUUUGUUGUUUUUCUUGCUAUAGAAAAAAAGGUUUGUAUCUAGAUGAUUUUUAUGAAAAAAAUUAGAUUUUUUUCAUCGUCUAGUUUUUCCCAAUUUAUUGAGUUUUUUUGAUUCCCGAAUCCAUUUUUUUAUAUAAUUUUUUUCGCUGCUCAAAAAAAUUGAACUAUUUUUUUCAGAUUUUUUUCAAAAAAACAUUUUUAUGUUAAAGGCAUAGGGGUAGUAAAAAAACGGUGUUUCAGUUCAAAGUAAUUUGUAGAGAUUUUUCAUUGCGAAUCGAACUGUGAACUUGGAAACGUACAGAAGUUCCUAGUUUUGAAGAAAAAAUAAUUCAAAGUCGGAGAGAGGAAAGAUUGAGUUCCCGCGAAAAGAGCGCUUUGCAGUAAAGUUGCUCUAUGGACAAUAGGCUUUCCCAUCUUCCGGAUUUUCGCUUUUUUCUUCGUUUCUUUCAAAUUUCAAUUUUUUCUGUUGUCACUAAAGUUCUUUUCGUCACAAAAGCUUUCUAUUCAUGUGUUAUUUGCAAACUUUGAUCGCAAAAAUGCUUUUCUGGUGAAAAAUGAUGAUUUUACACAGGUUUCGAUUGGGAUAGCAAUUAUUUGUGUUUUCUUUAUUAUCAUUGUAUGUUUUCUGAUUUCUUGAUCGAUUUUUCAGAGAAGAAACCCUUAAUUUGAAUCAGAAAUCCGGUUAUUUCUCACAAAAGGCGAGUCUAAUGAGACGUCCGCAACAUCGCGUGCACGGCUACUGUAAACAGUUGUCUGAGCACCGAUCCAAAGCUUUUUUCAAAAUUGAAGGCGGGAAAGUAAAAUCGCGUUUUUCUUCUAAAAUUGUCACAUCUGUAAUUUUUUUGAGUACACCAUUCGAUUCGCAAAGAAAAACUGUAUAAGAUACUGCUUUCACCUGAAACCCCAUUUUUUACUGCCCCUAUGCCUUUAAUGGUGAUUUCUUAGCACUGGUAUCUUUUUUUCCCUACAAUUUUUUUCAUUUUUUUAGUCUUGUCAGAAUCCUUUUUUUGUAUAAAAAAAUAAUCAUAAUUUCAAAUAGAAUUCUAAAGAAAAAAAUUUUUUUCCGAGUCUUUUUUUCUUUCUUUUUUUACUCUACAUCUUGUUUUUGAAACUUUUUUUGCUGGAAAAUAUGUUAUUAAAUCAUAUUUUUUUCCAUCAGUUAUCCUUUUAAAGCUCUGUUCAACUAAAAUAAAUCGGAAACCCGCUUUUUUUUCUACUUUGAAGGUUCAUAUCAUUUCCUGUUCUAUUUUAUCAACUGUUUCCUUGAAAAAAGGAGCAGUUCAGAUUCUUAAGUUUUUUUAAAAUUGUAAAAUCAUCAAGCUUGAGUUCAAUUGGUUUUUUAACCGUUGAUACCGCGAUUUUUCAAAUAAAUCGAAUCCUAAAUUUUUUUUUUCAUACAUUCUUUUUCGUUGCUUUGCCUCAUGUUCUCGAUCCUUUUCUUACUCACAAAGACUUUUUGAGCUUCUCGGAAAAAUAAAUAGCCCAAAUGGUGGAAUGAAUGAAUGGUUGGAUGCCGUGCCGUGGGUGCGUUCCGUCGUCGAGUUUGUCCCCGAGGUACAAUAAAUCUGGAAAAAAAUCAAGUAUGCAUGGAGUAGUACAUUGAUUAAGAGCAUUUUGGUCUCGCUGUGGUCAUCAAAUUUCAAAUCGGUGAGAUUCGAAUUCAAGAAGUUUACAUCAGAAAAAGAAAAAAUAUCUUUGGGCGAAGAUAUUUCAAUCAACUUGUUUCUUCAUGUCGAUUGUUUUACAGUACCUGCUAUGGCUUCUGUUGCCGUUCAUAAUCGUCUUCGUUUUGCCCAUCUUCCUCGUCUUUUUCAUCUACGGAUGUGUCAUUUUCCUGCACAUUUACGGUCUGAGGCAUCAGAUCCGUGAAGCUUAUCAUACGAGGUCAGUUUUGAAGUUUCCUAUUGAAGAAAUUUGGGAAAAUUCGAGAAUCGCCCCCAAGUCCGAACGAGCUUCUCACCAAGAGAGAGGGGAAGGUGGGGGUCUUAUCUCUUCCAUAGUGCUAAGUGGGGGACGGUUCUAGAAUGCCUAGGAAAUCUUCGAGAAAUAAGUUAUCAAAUUCAAAUCAUUUGUUGAAUUUUUUAAAAAAAGCUGAAAAAUUUAAGAAAAAAAUUGCAAAAAUUAGACGGCCCAUGCUUAAUGUUGUUUCAGACUCAGGAAUUUCGAUUAUCUCAUUUUUUUUUUUCAAUAAUUUCUUCAAAUAUUUUUUUUUUAUAACUUUGUGCUCGAAAACCGUUUUUGAAUCGUUUUUCCGUUUCAUGGGUUUUUAUAAGAUGUUUAACAAGCAGAAAGAAGUUGAUCCUUUCGAUUUUUUUGAAAUUAUUUUUCUGAAUGAACAGGUUAAAAUCCAUUUUAUUCCAUUUCGCAACAGGUUUUUAUAUAACAAACGGACUGCGUAGAAUAAUUUUUGAAGAGUUUUUAUUAACUAGAAGCCGUUGGGUUUUUUUUUCAAACGAAUCUCCGAGUUUUUCAUAUUUUUUCAGCCAAGUAUGUUUGAACUUUGAUCUCAUCACCCGGAAUUUGGAACAAAAUCCUGAAUUUUGCAGUUAUUGGAACGGCGCACGGGUAGCAAUCGCGUCGUUUUGGGACGGUGUCGGUUCUGUUUGGCAUGGUUGGUUUCGGUUUUUUGAUUUUUCGACGGAUAGUAUAAAUCCAGCUUUGUCAUAGGCUAUAAAAUUAUCGAUUUGAGUUUUGAAGCCUGAUUUUAAAGUAGGAAGUUGUUAAAGAAAGCCUAGAGCUCCACAACUUUUCUAGUUUAUGAAUUAUGGGGACUCAAAAUUCCAAAUUAACUGAUUUUGAGUGGUUUUGUUGACUUUGAGCCCUAAACUCUGGAAAAAUAUGUAGUCGUGCAGGUAAGAGAUUUCACUUUUCAGAAAUUUCCCAACCGGAAAAUAAAAUGACCUCCCUUGUUAGCUCGCAUUUUUCAUUCGGAAUUUCCAGGGUACGAGCUACACGGACUGGAGAACGUGCCGGACGAGGGGGCGGCGCUGUUCAUCUACUACCACGGAUGCCUUCCCCUCGACGUCUACUACCUCAUCUCCAAACUCGUCAUCCACAAGAAACGGUCGUUGCACUGCGUCGGCGACAAGUUCAUCUUCAAGAUCCCUGGUGAGGUAGACUCAUAUAGUCCCAUACGUGGGCUAACCCGCUCGGUGCAUCCUUCCGAUUCAUUUUAAAAUUCGAUUUUCGAUCUGGUUUCAAUGCAUUUAUUUUUAAAAGAUCACAAUAUAGGAUCUGAUCAAUUUUCAGGUUAUCUAGAACGAAUUUUAGACGACAGGAUUAAAAGUGCUCUUAGCACACGUCUGUGUUUUUAUAAGCAUAUCUGACAGUGAAAAAAAGUUUGAAUUGAAAGUGUUUUCGGAUAUUCGGAUGCUGGCGAGCGGCUGAAAAAAAAUUACUAGAAGUCAAUAAGAAAUUUUUUCCUACAGUUUUAGGUUGUUAUCUGCAUUUUUUAUUGAAUUUUUGGUUUUUUCUAGGUUGGAGACCCCUUUGCAAAAUGUUCUCAAUAAUGGCGGGAACCGUCGAAGAGUGCACCGCGCAACUCAAAGACGGCCAUUUGCUCUGUAUUGCGCCUGGAGGUAGCUUUUUAUUCGAUCAUUCAUUUUUCAGAGCUCCCCUGAAAGAUGUUACUUUCCUUAGAAUUUUCGAAAAGUUUCAAGCUUUCCAUAAAACUUUAAUUUUUGAUUUUUAGGAUGUGUACAAAAUCAUUAAGAAGCUGAAUUUGAUAUUGAGAGAGAUUUUUCCUUAAAAAAAUACAUUAAGCCUUCAGAAAAGUAUAAAUUGAUUUUCUGAGUUUCUCUUGUUUUUUUACGAAGUCUUCUUAUAAUUGUAGUCAUAGGGGGGUUUUUUUUGAAAUAAAUGAAAAUUGAAAAUUUUUUUUCUUGAGAAAUGAGAGACGUAAUCUAGAGGUUUUUUUUUCCAAAGUCAAUAAAUCGAUCUUUUUUUUUCGUUAUUCUAAUUUUUUAGGAGUCAGAGAAGCGUUAUUUUCUGAUCCAAACGUCUAUGAUAUCUUGUGGGGGAAACGGUUAGGCUUCGCCAAAGUCGUCAUCGGCAGCAGGGCGGUCAGUUUUUUCUCUUUUAAAGUGGAAUUGUUUGAAAAUGAACAAUUUGUAACAAAAAUUUGAAUAAUCAGAGUUCUUUUUUUUUAACGAAAAAGGGUGUUUUCAUGUUAGUGUUUUUUAAUAAAAGUUAUGUAGAAUUUUAAAGAUAUUUUGUAUUCAAAUUCAAAAAAAAUGAAGAAAUUUUGAUGACGAAAUAUAAGGUCCUAACUUGAGAACUUAUUAUUUUCAAGUGCAUUUUUUUCAGCCGUUGAGGUAAAAUAAGCCUGACUUUGAAGAAGUUUUUUUUAUGAAAGCUGUUUUUAUGAUGAACUAUUUGAAGACUUCUUCAAAACUGAAAAAUCAAAAUAUACAAAAAUUUCCAGCCGGUGAUUCCGAUGUUCACGGAAAACUGUCGGGAAUCCUUCCGGACCCCGGAAUGGGGCCGGACUUUCUUCCGUUGGAUCUACGAGAAAACCAAAAUCCCACUCUGCCCAAUCUACGGCGGAUUCCCUGUCAAAAUGGUCACUCAUCUCGGAAAACCCCUCACUUUCGACUACGAUAAUGUCACUCCGGAGGAGGUCAAUCUUUUCAUUUUUGAGAAGGGUCUGACAAUGAGCUCAUUUUACUUUUCGCUUGGGAAUUUCCUGAAAAUUGGUCCACAUACUUGGGCAGUCCAUUUUUCAAGGGCUCCGACCCCUUCUCCCAAGUUUUUCUAAAUGAAAGUCGAUGCUACUUCCGGAAGCUAAAACUUGUAAGUGUGGCCGAAACUACCUCCCUGAGGUAGAAAAUUGAUUUUAUUUCUAAUUUUUUGGGAACUUUUGUGAGCCAAAUCUUUCUCUCGGCCUGAAUAAGUCCUUGAUUUGCCCAUCUAUGGUGUUCCAUCAACUUUUUGACGUACCAGAAGAAGGUUCUAAAAGCCUAAAUUCUCACAACUUCUUAAUUUUCGAUAAAUAAGGACUCAAAGCUUCAAAAUAGCUCAUUUUAACGGAGUUUGAGAGUUUCUAUGACUUUGAGGUAGACUUUUUUCAAAAACUAGGAUUUUUAGCAGAUUGAGACGUUCAGUAUCAUCUUCUGGGACAUCAAAGAGUUUUUGGCCGAUUUUUAGGAAAUUCCCAAUCCAAAAAAUAAACGAUCUUCCUUAUCAUGUUAACUAAGAAAUUUCAUUAUUUUUUAAAGUAGGUAUCGAAAAAAAGUUAGAGUGAUAAAUUUGAUUAAAGUUAGUUGAUAGCGAUCAGACUUGUACAGAAAAAAAUUGUCUUUUUCGGAUUGAAUUUCGUAUAAUUUUUCUGUUUUAUAUGGUCACUCCUCUCAAUAUUUUUCUCGGUGAUGAACUAAAUAAAGAGAAAAAAAUAACAAAAACAUGAAUUUUUAGUUUCAAAAGAUACCUUCCCUUGAGUUCAAAGAUGAUUUUUUUUAGGUAAGAAGAGCGAUCAAACGGGAGGUCCGAUCGCUGAUCCGCGAGCACCAAAAACUCCCGGGAAGCAUAAUUCGCGGCAUCGCGCAACGCUUCCAAUCGCGCACCAAGGAACAGUCCUCCGCGGAGGAGAUUGUGAGUUUCGUCAGUUUGUUUCCACUUCAACUUCCCUUUGCUGCUCACUUUUUUGGUUUGCUUCUCGCUUCUCUCGGCUUUUCGUUGGCUCAGUUUGUCGCUAUAUCCAUGAUAUUUUUUCAAGGUGAAUUAAUAGACUCAUUGGUAAAACGGAAAAGUUCCUUUGAGGGUCCUUAAAGAUCCUGAGAGGAAGAUAAAAAGCUUCCUCUAAAAGCUCCUAAAAUGAUGUAAAAAAGCUUUUGAGCUCCUUUUUCAUAGCCUCGGAGAAUCCUUUUUGAAUCCUCUCGAAUCUUUUUAGUAGCUUUCCAGCAUCCUUUUUGUUAGAGGAUGUGAAAAAGAUGCAAAAAAGAAAUCAAAUGAUAUAAAAAAGAUCUGCUGGGGACCUUUUCAAGGACUUUUUCUGACUAGGGAACUACUCGGGCUCGGGUACGCGUUUCGAGUUGAAACUUUGGUGGCUUAUAGACCCGGGUGAGAGUACUUGGAAACAAGAGAGAUUAUCUGCUAAACCCCAUAGGCUUCUGAGAAAAAGCUUUUUGGAAAUGAACAACCUAGACUUGAAAAUUAUCAAAUUUCUGCUUUUCUACUUCUUUUGGCUGGAAAAGUUUUUUAGAGUUUAUCAUAGCCGGAUCAUUCAAGGAGAUUGUAUUAAAGUAUAAAAUAAAGUAGAAAGCAAUAUUCUGAAAAUUUUCAAGCCUAAUUUUCACAUUUUCUUCUAAUUUUUUCUCAGUUCUUUAUCGCGUUUUAACAGAUAUUAUCUCUUGUUUUCAAGUUCUCUGACUUGGGUCUAUAAACCACUAAAGUUUCAACUCGAAACGCAUACCCGGGUUUGAAAAAAAAAAACUUUAUGAGCGGCUUUAAUUGAUCGCUUCAGCUUCUCUUUCCCAGCACCGCAUCGCUUUGUCUUCUUUAAUAAGGCUUUCCUUGAACUUUCAUCGAUUCCAGGAACUUCUACAUCAAAACGGGCACCACAAUGGCCAUAUCGCGACGAUCGACGCGGAUGAUGAAACUACGGACAGGACACUUGGCCGGGAUCACGAGGAAAUCGAGGAAAUCGGAGGGCUUUGA